AUGGGCAACAAACAGGAGAAGCUGCAAGCCAUUAUGCAGCAGGAGAAGUAUGAUACAGUUGUAAUCAUGGAAACAUGGUGGGAUGACUCACACAACUGGAGUGUUGCAAAGAAUGGCGAUAAACUCUUCAGAAGAGAUAGGCAAGAAAGGAGAGGCAGUGGGGUAACCCUGUGUGUUAGGGAAUGUUUUGACUGUCAAACGGUUGACAGUGAUGAAUGGGCCAAGUGUUCAUGGGUAAGAAUCAGAGGAAAGGCCAACAACGUAGAUAUCAUGGUGGGAUUCUGUUAUAGACCACUCAACCAGGGUGAACAGACUGAUGAAAUAUUCUAUCAGCAGCUGGGAGAAGUCUCACGAUUGCUAGCCUUUAUCCUCAUGGGGACUUCAACUUACCAGAUACCUGCUGGAAAUACAAUACAGCGGAAACAGGCUAGGUGGUUUCUGGAGUGUGUGGAAGAUAACUUCCUGACACAGCUGGUGAGUGAGCCAACUAGGGAAGGAGCCCCACUGGACCUGCUCUUUGCGAACAGAGAAAGGCUUGUGGGUGAUGUGAUGGUUGGAGGCCGUCUUGGAUACCAUGAUCAUGAAACGAUAGAGUUUUCGAUUCUCAGAGAAAAAAAACACCUGCAAAGUAUUUGUCUGCAAAAUCAGCUGUAUCUUCUUCUGAACAGCCAUUUGUUUUGCCUUUUAAAGAAUGAGAUGGGACUAAUCAUCUUCUUCCUAUGUGCUUACAUACCAAAAACAGCAGCAGGUCACUGCAAGUGGGCGGAAGUUCUGAAAGAUUUGGAACAGAUCAAGACAUCCAAAGACAUUGAUGUCAGUUUAUAUACUGCAAACACAGAUGAGGGUAAAGAAUGCCAAGAACCUGUAAUGAGAUGCUUUUUCUUAGAGACGAAAGUGAUUCUUCAAGAAUGUCUUAUCAAAAAAUGUAGUAAAACACAGGACGUAUUGAACAUAUGGAAAAAUGGAAAUGCAAGCUUAGAAAAUAACAAAUUGAAUUCCACAACAUCAGCAAAAUGCAAAGAAUGUGAAGAGUAUGAAGAAAAAAAUUUUACAGAAUUCAUACAGAGUUUUGUAAAGGUUAUACAGAAGGAAUGCAAACACUGA